CUUCUUCAUCGACACGUCUUCCUGCGCCACUUGUGGCACGUCAGGCGCUGUGUACAUGCGCAUUGGUAGUGGGACCAAGCAAACAGGGUAUAAGCUGUUGAAAAAGGGCUUUUCUCCCGGAUCACGAACGGAGAUGGACAUUUACGCAGAAGACGUGGGAGGCAAAGUCGAAUAUCUGACUCUGGCGAGUCACACACCGGAUAACUGGAUGCCACGAAGGGUGUUUCUAGAGAACAACGAAAUUCCAGGAUCUUUGAUAGAGUUUCCGGCAGCACAAAGACUCGGAGAGCCGAACAAUCCGGAAUUGACAAUUUACCCAGAGAUGGAAGAAGCGCCCUCGGAAUCGUAG